AGAAUACACUUUUACAACUUUUGUCCAGUAAAAACUCCAAGUUACACCCACAUUUGGAAUGGUUGGUCUGAUUGGAACUGUUGUGUCUGCUCAGAUUACAGAUAGCACAACAGUAAGAAGUGAACUCAGGAAGUGAUGUAAUUGUUUGGUUAAUGAAUACACCUUAGUCACCUGGCUAGGGAAAGGCAGAGUAGCUAAUAGUGGGCGAGAGGAAAGCAGAAGUCUGUCACUACAUUCUCAAGAGGCUGGAGAAAUCACUCUGGGCGGAAUAAGGGGGCACCAUGGAAAAAGAAAGCAGUUCCCCUUGGGAAAUGGGGCUGCUGAAAACAUUCGAUUCCAGUGAGUUUGUUUGUUGGGAGAAGAUUGGUUCCGGUGGAUUUGGGCAAGUUUACAAAGUGCGACAUGUACACUGGAAAACAUGGCUCGCAAUCAAGUGCUCCCCAAGCCUUCAUGUGGAUGAAAAGGAGCGCAUGGAGCUAUUGGAAGAAGCCAAGAAGAUGGAAAUGGCAAAGUUCCGUUACAUUCUUCCUGUUUAUGGCAUCUGUAAAGAACCUGUUGGCUUGGUCAUGGAAUAUAUGGAGACAGGAUCACUGGAAAAGCUCCUGGUCUCAGAACCGCUACCAUGGGAGCUACGCUUUCGAAUAAUCCACGAGACCGCUGUGGGGAUGAACUUCCUGCACUGCAUGUCACCGCCACUACUCCAUCUGGACCUCAAGCCAGCAAACAUUCUGCUUGAUGCUCAUUAUCAUGUGAAGAUUUCUGAUUUUGGAUUAGCAAAGUGCAAUGGACUUUCGCAUUCCCAUGAUCUCAGCAUAGAUGGUCUGUGUGGUACUAUUGCCUAUCUGCCGCCAGAACGUAUAAAAGAGAAAAACAGAUACUUUGACACUAAACAUGAUGUUUACAGUUUUUCUAUAGUGAUCUGGGGAGUCCUCACACAGAAAAAGCCUUUUGCAGAAGAAAACAACAUUUUGCAUAUUAUGGUUAAAGUGGUUAAAGGCCAUCGCCCAGAGCUACCUGCUGUUUCCAAAUCCAGACCUCGCUCAUGUAAUAACUUGAUCAAACUGAUGCAAAAGUGCUGGCAAGAUAAUCCUAGCAAAAGGCCAACGUUUCAAGAAAUCACCUCAGAAACAGAGGACCUCUGUGAAAAACCAGAAGAUGAAACAAAAGAAAUGAUCAGUCAGGACCUCACCACCAAAAGAUCCCAGGAACCAACUUCUGAGGGAAUGCCUGCGUUAUCCCACCCAAAACGUGAGUCCACUCCAGUCUCGGCUAAGGAUUAUAGCCUCUCUGAGUUGUUGUCCCAGUUGGAUUCGGGAAUCUCACAGACGAUGGAAGGUCCUGAAGAACUAAGUCGUAGCUCUUCUGAGUCCAAACUUGCUCCCAGUGACAAGAGGCUUUCAGGGGUUUCAUCUGUAGAUUCAGCCUUUUCUUCUAGAGGUUCCUUGUCACUGUCAUUUGAGAGAGAGAACUCUGGAAGUGAUAUUGGCACAACUGAUAUCCAGAAGAGAAAACUGGCCGAGGCAAUUCUCUCUGGAGACACGAGCAAACUAAUGAAGAUUCUCCAGCCCCAAGAUGUUGAUCUUGUCUUAGAUGGAAGCUCCAGCCUUUUACACUUGGCUGUUGAGGCAGGUCAAGAAGAAUGUGUCAAGUGGCUCCUUCUAUAUAAUGCCAACCCCAACCUGACCAAUAAGAAAGGGUCCACUCCUCUCCAUGUGGCCAUUGAGAAGAAAAUAAAAAGCAUUGUGGAGCUGAUUCUGGCACGGAAAAUCAAUGUGAAUGCCAAAGAUGAGGAUCAGUGGACUGCGCUUCACUUUGCUGCGCAGAAUGGGGAUGAGUUCAGUACCCGAAUGCUGCUUGAUAAGAAUGCGUCGCUGAAUGAGGUGGAUUUUGAAGGAAGAGCCCCCAUACACAUAGCCUGCCAGCAUGGACAAGAGCAGAUAGUGCGGAUACUAUUGAGAAGAGGUGUCAAUGUGGAUAUCAAAGGCAAGGAUGGCUGGGUGCCACUGCACUAUGCUGCCUGGCAAGGUCAUCUCUCCAUUGUAAAGCUUCUGGGGAAACAGCCGGGUGUCAAUGUGAAUGCACAGACAGCAGACGGCAGGACCCCGCUGCACCUGGCAGCACAAAGAGGCCAUUACAGAGUUGCCCGCAUUCUCCUAGAACUGCAAUGCAAUGUCAACAUACAGAACGUGCUCCUGCAGACCGCCCUCCAUGUAGCUGCUGAAACUGGCCAUACCAGCACGUCAAGGCUGCUCCUGAAUCGUGGCGCAGAAAUAGAGGUAGCGACAGCAGAGGGCUGUACCGCACUUCAUUUAGCCUCCCGCCAUGGACAUCUAGCCACCACCAAGCUGUUGCUUGAUGAAAUGGCUAACGUGCUGGCUAGAGGCCCCCUGAACAGGACUGCGCUCCACCUGGCUGCUGAAAAUGGACACGCUGAAGUUGUGGAGGAACUCGUCAAUUCGGAAAAUGUAAACGAUCUUGAUGAGGAAGGGCUGACCUCUCUUCAUCUGGCCGCAAGAGGCGGGCAUGCAAAAACUGUGGAGAUUCUAUUAAAACAUGGGGCCCUUCCUGAUUUACAAAGCCUCAAGUGUCAGACUCCGCUGCAGCUAGCUAAGCAAAUUGGGAAUAGCUCUGUUGUCAUGCUACUAAGUGAGACUUAGAGGAACAAAUUCUGAAUCUUGAGAGCUUUACUGAAGCUUGAUUCUCUCUGGGAGUCCCCCUGGAAUUUUGCAGUGACCUGCUUUUCUAUUCAGUCUGCAGAUAAAUCUGAAUUCCAGCCAAUCAGAAGCUGCAUUUUAGAGAGGUAGCAUAUGGCCUAGUGACCUGAGUGUAGGAAGAGCCAGGAAUUCCUUAGUAUUGAUUCUAGGUCUGCCAUUGUGUUGUACUGGGCAAGGCAUUUUGUUUCCUUCCCAACCUGUGUAGUGGAGAUGAAAAUACUUAUAUAACGAAUCUCACAGGGAUGUUGUGAGGGUUAAUUAGAUGGUGUUUAAAUAGUGCCUUUAAUUUUACAAUGUGCCAUACCCUCAUUUAAGUAUUAUCAUCCUGCCUUCUGAUUUCUUCAGGCACACGGUGGGACAAGCAUAUUAUUUUAGGUGACUGGAUUAUUACAUAAUCCAUCCUGUGUGUGUGUGUGUCUGAGUGAUUUUUUUUUAAAAUAUAACUUGUUACUAUGGAGGCAGUGAUGGUACAGAAAUCAGUUGGAAAUGAGCACUGUUGGAAAGACAAAUGUGUUUUAGACUAGGCCUGUUUCAACAGGGAUCAUGUGGCUAAGUGUUAUAAUGUCUCUUUCAGAAGGUACAGAAUGGAAUAUAUGGAAAUGCUCCACUUCUUUCAUUGUAAUAGAGAGACGAUUAUAUAGCCACACAUUUCUAUUUACUCAGAAUGGUCAAGAGAAGAGUAUCUUUAGUCAAUGCGUAUAGUAGAAGAACUGGAAGAGUUCUCAGACUGACUGGUGGAGUGAAGCAUAGACGUUCUUUUUUUUUUUUUAAAUACAUUUGUAACUUGAGUGUAUAUAGUGUAAAAUCAGCAAAAUAUAAGAUUAUUUUUUGUUACCAGUCAUUUGUGAAAUAAAGAUCUGUAACUGUAGUCAGAUGUUCUAUUCUGAUAACAGUAUAGAACUGUUCGCAUGCAGUUUGUUUAGAUUAGGAGUAGAGUAGAACCACAUGUACAGUGGCAUGGUGUGUCCUAAACUGUGUGAUGAAUAAUCUAAUAUAAAUAUACUGUGUAUAUAUUAUUUCUACCAGUUGUAUAAAUUUUCUAAGGCAGAAAAUAUUGAGACUAUGUAUAGGUCUGGGUAUGUUUUAAUACACCUCUUAAUGUUCACUGUUUUCAAAGUUCAAAUGUGAUCU